UCGAUAAGAGGUGGCGUGACUCCAGUCUUUGAUAAAAACAUAUAUAUAAACAAAAUAACGCUGUGCAGUUCUAGAGUGCCAAUCUGAAAAAUAAGAGAAAAAAAUCAAAAAAGAAUGCUAAAAAAUUCAGCUGACAUCAUGAGAUGCCCAAAUAUAGUAAGGCCAUCACUUGUCAUUGCUGUUGCUGUCGGCUAUUUUGCAUUGUUUCUUGCUCCAUGUUGUCUGGCUGCUGCGAUAGAAGCUGAGGGGUUGCAGCAAGAACUAUUGGUGCCAUUCAAUGAUUUAUUACCACCAUUGUCCGAUGCUGAGUUACAGGAGGUGCAAGCAACAUCAACUAUCGCAACGACUACAACAACAUCAGCAACAUCAGCAACAACAACAAACACAGCAAUAACAGUGCCUGCAACUACAGCUAGAUCCACAGUCGUCACCGAGGCAUCAGUUAGAAAAACUGCAACAACAAAAGCGCCAACCAAAUCCACUACAGCAAAAGCGAAACCAACGAAAGCAACAACAACAACAACAACACAAAAACUUAAAAAAUCCCAAUACCAAUUGGACCAGCAAUCGCAAAAGCAACAAUUGGCAGUACCAAUAUUAGAUUUGAAUCCUGAAGUGCCACCCGCAUUGCCAGAUGUUGAAGCAUCUACGGUAGCACCUGUAGUGUCACCCUCUGUGGCACCGUCAGUAGUUCCUCCGCCGGCAGCCGUAGUAUCUGCAUCGCCGGUUAAGGUGUCGACGGAGCCUAAACAAGCAGCUUCAACACAACAUUUUCAACAAGUGCAAGCGGCACAAACACAAUUUCAAACAUUGCAGCAUCACUUGCAGCCACAAAAGGUGCAGCAGCAAAAGCAACAUCGCCAACAACAACAGCAACUGCAGCAGCAGCAGCAACUGAAGCAACAGUUAACUAAAUCAAGCUUACAACAGCCACAAGUUCAACACAAGUUGCAGCCACAAGCUGCUGUGACCAUUACUGAAGAGGCAGCACCACCACAACCGGUGUCUCAGCAGCCGCAGCGUGUUAACGUUGACCAACUAAGGCAAUACCUCGAAUAUGUUUACCAUCCGACAACGCGUCGCCCAUCGCGUGGACCGCUACCCACACUGACGCCAUUCCCGCGGCAUUUCAAGUGAAGUGUCUUCCGGUGAAUGUGUUCUGUGCACCCCUGUCUGCACCCAACACCACACUUCAAGAAGACUUAAUUUAUUCUCGCUACACCGACUAAACAUAACGACUUCGCUCAUUAUCAGUGAUUAACUAGUUUUAACGAAAAAUUAACUAAUAAGUAUAAUAUAUUCAAAAAUGUACG